UGGGGUUUAUUCGCGUGCUUGUGAUUAUAGUGUGUUCACAGAUGGCAAACCUAAUAAGUUUUCAAUGACUAUUCUGGGUCUUUACAGUGAAAUGGCCAAAUUUACGGCAAUUAUGGAUAUAAUUCGUUUGUUAUGGUUAGUACGGAUUGUGUGGGCUGUUGAAGAUGUGUUAAUGGACUCCACGACGGCAACGGCUGAGCUGGGCUGGACGAUAUAUCCAUCGUUGGGGUGGGAGGAGGUGAGCGGCUACGAUGAGCAUAUGAAUACCAUCCGCACCUACCAGGUGUGCAAUGUUUUUGACGCUAACCAGAACAACUGGGUGCGCACCAAAUACAUCUGGCGGCGAGGAGCCCAGCGCAUCCACGUGGAGAUGAAGUUCUCUGUGCGAGACUGCAGCAGCAUCCCUAAUGUUCCCGGUUCCUGCAAAGAGACCUUCAACCUUUACUAUUUUGAGGCUGACUCUGAAGUAGCCACCAAGGUGUAUCCAGCCUGGAUGGAGAACCCCUGGAUCAAGGUGGACACCAUUGCGGCUGAUGAGAGCUUCUCCCAAGUGGACUUGGGUGGACGUGUAAUGAAGAUCAACACGGAAGUACGGAGCUUUGGGCCUGUGUCGCGUAAUGGCUUCUACUUGGCCUUUCAGGAUUAUGGAGGCUGCAUGUCACUCAUUGCUGUGAAGGUUUUCUAUCGCAAGUGCCCACGAAUUAUACGGAAUGGGGCCAUCUUUCAGGAGACCUUAUCAGGGGCAGAGAGCACCUCUCUGGUGUCGGCUCGGGGCACAUGUAUACCUAAUGGAGAGGAAGUGGAUGUACCCAUUAAACUGUACUGCAAUGGGGAUGGGGAGUGGUUGGUACCUAUCGGGCGCUGUGUUUGCAAGGCAGGGUACGAGUCGGUGGAAAAUGGAACCAUGUGCAAAGCAUGUCCUUUCGGGUUCUUCAAAGCAUCACAAGGGGACCAGCAAUGUCUCCAGUGUCCCAUCAACAGCCGCACCACCAACGAGGGUGUGACCAACUGUGUCUGCCGCACUGGAUACUACCGUACGGAUUCCGACCCACUGCAGAUGCCCUGUACCACGGUGCCCUCUGCGCCCCAGAGAGUGAUCUCGAGCGUGAACGAGACUUCCCUGCGGCUGGAGUGGGAUCCACCGAAGGAGAGCGGAGGCCGUGAAGACGUGGUCUACAACAUCAUCUGCAAGAGCUGCGGCUCGGGUCGAGGGGCCUGCACUCGCUGUGGUGACAACGUACAGUUUGUGCCCCGGCAGCUAGGCUUGACCGAGUCCCGGGUGCAUAUCAGCGAUCUGCUGGCCCAUACGCAGUACACUUUCGAGAUCCAGGCUGUGAAUGGAGUUUCCGACCAGAGUCCCUACUCACCUCAGUUCACCUCCAUCAACAUCACCACAAACCAGGCUGCCCCAUCUGCUGUGUCCAUCAUGCAUCAGGUCAGUCGGACUGUGGAUAGUAUCACAUUGUCCUGGUCCCAGCCAGACCAGCCCAAUGGAGUCAUUUUAGACUACGAACUGCAAUAUUAUGAGAAGAAUAUGGCUGAGUUGAACUCCUCUGUAUUGCGGAGUCAGACUAAUACAGCAGUUAUCCGGGGCCUGAAGCCAGGGACCAUCUAUGUGUUCCAAGUGCGAGCCCGCACAGUGGCAGGUUUUGGACGUUUUAGUGGGAAGAUGUACUUCCAAACUAUGACUGAAGACGAGUAUAACUCCAGCCUGCAGGAGAAACUGCCCCUCAUUAUCGGCUCAGCUGCUGCUGGAGUUGUUUUUCUCAUCGCUGUGAUUGUGCUCAUUAUUGUCUGUAGUCGCAGAGGCAGUGACAGGACUGACUCUGAAUACACCGACAAGAUCCAGCAUUACACCAGCGGUCACAUGUCUCCAGGAAUGAAGAUUUACAUUGAUCCUUUCACGUAUGAGGACCCCAAUGAGGCAGUGCGGGAGUUUGCCAAAGAAAUAGAUAUGUCCUGUGUGAAGAUCGAGCAAGUUAUUGGUGCAGGUGAGUUUGGAGAGGUAUGUAGUGGUAACCUCAGGCUUCCUGGGAAACGGGAGAUUCUGGUGGCCAUUAAGACUCUGAAAUCAGGCUACACUGAGAAACAGCGGCGGGAUUUCCUAAGUGAAGCCAGCAUCAUGGGUCAGUUUGACCAUCCCAACAUUAUCCACCUGGAGGGAGUGGUGACCAAGAGCACCCCAGUUAUGAUAAUCACUGAAUUCAUGGAGAAUGGAUCACUUGACUCCUUCCUUCGGCAAAAUGAUGGCCAGUUCACAGUGAUUCAGUUGGUGGGAAUUCUGCGUGGCAUUGCAGCUGGCAUGAAGUACCUCUGUGACAUGAACUACGUACAUCGUGAUCUGGCUGCACGCAACAUCCUGGUCAACAGCAAUCUAGUCUGCAAAGUAUCCGACUUUGGACUUUCCCGCUUUCUUGAAGAUGACACAUCAGAUCCUACAUACACAAGUGCCCUUGGAGGGAAAAUUCCAAUACGAUGGACUUCUCCAGAGGCUAUCCAGUACAGGAAGUUCACCUCCUCCAGUGAUGUGUGGAGUUAUGGAAUUGUAAUGUGGGAGGUCAUGUCCUAUGGAGAGAGACCUUACUGGGACAUGAGCAAUCAAGAUGUCAUAAAUGCCAUCGAGCAGGAAUAUAGGUUACCUCCUCCUAUGGACUGCCCAACUGCACUGCACCAACUAAUGUUGGACUGCUGGCAGAAGGACCGAAGCAACCGUCCAAAAUUCGGUCAGAUCGUGAACACUCUAGAUAAGAUGAUCCGUAAUCCAAGCAGCCUGAAGGCCACCACCCCACACUCUUCAGGCAUACAUCUACCUCUGCUGGACCGCAGCACACCAGACUUUUCCAGCUUCAGCACAGUGGAUGAGUGGCUGGAUGCCAUCAAAAUGGGGCAGUAUAAGGAGAACUUUGCCAAUGAAGACCUCACCACCUUUGAAGCUGUCUCUCAAAUGACUAUGGAUGAUAUCCUGAGGGUGGGAGUCACACUAGCCGGCCACCAGAAGAAGAUUCUUAACAGUGUUCAGAUGAUGCGAGCCCAGAUGAACCAGAUCCAAUCCGUAGAGGUUUGAUUCUUAGGAGCAGAGGAUGUGACCAGCCUGUUCACAGCGGACCCUCAAACUGGUCCUCCUCUAAGAAAGAUACCCCCAUCAGCAAGCCUUGUGUCCAGAGCUCAGCAGUAGCCACUUUCUAUGGGGAUGAAAUAUCAAAAACAGUUCUCCAAAAGGGAAUGAUGACCACAGAAAAGAACGUCCCGAUAAGGCCUUUCUGCACACUAUACUGUAUACACUCAGUAAACCACCAGCACACUGUAGGCAAGCUGAAGCCUUUCCAAUAGCCAAUAAUUUCAUAGCAAUCAACGGUUAUACAUAAAUGUUAUUCAAGCUGCAUUUACAUGCAAGUAUACAGUAUUUUGUAGUAUUUCAAAUAAGGCAUAUAUUACUAGCAAAUUAAGAAAGUUUACAACACCAGCCUGGCUAUUUACAUUUAAAAUAAAUUAAUAAAUACAUUUUAAAAAAUACUUUUUGCAUACCAUGUGCAGAAUAAUUGGCUUUAAUAGAUGAAUGUGUGUUAAUGCAUGUAAAUGUAGCAUAUAUUAUUUUAUGUUUUUUUAAACAAGUUGUUAGUUUUGUGGGUAAAUCUAAUGGAAAGGCUACUGUGACACCACGUCAGGGUUUAUGUGUGGAACUGAGGAGACAGGGGAGAAGGAACAUGCUUCAGGUAAGGCUUUUAUUUUCUUGACCUUCAUGUGCAGCGUAUGCACUCUUUUCAAUGUUCUCACUCAGUUCAAUAAUCCACACUCUCAGAAUAAACAAACUUCACAAACACUCAAUGUAAACAGGUGGCAACGCUGCACACUCGUUCUCUCUCCCUCUUCUCUGGCAUGUUCAGCUGGUUUAAGGGCUCUCUCUGCUAUCACUGUAAUGAGAAACAGCUGUUAAAAAUCAUGUCAACCAGCUUGAGGAGCCAUGCCCCCAUCACCACAGCUUCCCUUUAAAAAGACUACACAAGCAACCACCGCAAAUUAGAUUCUGAACAUAUUGCCCCGUUUUCUCUUGUGAUAUGAUUUGGAACCUCAAACACAUACGUGACCUCAUAAAAAUAAAAUGUUGUAUUGGUGUGCAUUUGAAAUGGACUAUGGACUAAUAGUGAGAAAAAUAGGAAAAACGAAUAUGAACAUGUGAUACUCGUGUAUGAUGAGGAAUGAUCCAUGUGAUGGAUCUUAAGCUGGCAACUCUUGCCAAUAUGAGAACUUUUCAGCUGUGUGAAUAUUAGACAAAGUGACAAAUACUGGUUCAGUAUGUUCUUUGUAUAAAAUAUUGUGAUGAAAAUGUUUGAUUUGCUUCAUGAGCUUAAUUUAUUUGUUUUGUACUUUUUAACAUAAUUACAUUCCAAUUAACCACAUAAUCAUGCACCAAUGUUGUACUUCGGAUGGUUUUAUCAUGCACACAUUUCGGGGGCACAUUAUGCUCUGAUUUGCUUACAGAGACUGGUGACAUAAUUUAAUAGAGGUGCAGGCCAAACAUUUUUUCCAAUGUUAGUACAUGUACCUUAGUGGCCAGGUCAAUAUUGCAGUUACUUUUUCAUCUUUGACACAUUUUUACAUAACUUGCAUAUUGAGCAUUAUUGUAAAGUUCCUUACAAUAUACAUUUUGCUUGUUUGUUUUUAGUACAGUGUUGUUUAAUAAGCAGUUGCUCUUCCUGGUGCGUAGCACAUUUGAAACCCAAAAUAGUUGUUGAGUUGACACUGUGACACAGUCUCUUUUAAAGUGAAUGUGCUUCCUUUCAACUUGUUGACUGGUCUUCCAUGUCUAAACACUUUUUUUUUUUCCAUGUAUCUUAAUAGGUUUAAUUCUCAUGUCUAUCAUACAUUUUGUGUUUAUCUGUCUUGCAACACUAACACCUCUUUAACAAACCUUUUCUUGUUCCUCCCCUUGGCAUACUCUUUUAAAGCAAAGCAGGCCAUUAUGUCCUUACUUUUUGUAAAGCUUUGCCUGAACUCUGAAUUACAUAUGUCAAUUUCUAUAUUCCAAGUUUUUGUUUUUACCUUGAAAUGUGGAUGUGUAAAAGUUUGGGGCAGCUAUUUACUUUUUACACUUUUUUUUAUUUUUUCAUCUGGUCCCAUCAUUUUUAGUGGAUGUAUGAAGUUAGCUGCCCACAAGAAUAGCAGAAUAAUCAACCAGAUAACCAGAAGGUGCCCAAACUUUUUUGUGAAAUGUUAGACAAUGUAAAGACAUGUAUCCAUAAUAAAGUAAGGCUUAAGUAUCUGAAUAGCCUACUUUUUGGGGCCAGUGUAUACAGUAUGUAAAAUGCUAGAGUGCAAAUGCUUUGUAUGUAACAUAUUGUCUUAUUCACCCUUUGAUUGGAAUUUCAUCAUUUGACAUUUGCAAUUAAAUGGCCCAGCACUAAAGUCCACUAGGAAUCAAAACAAAUUUAUAAAGGGAAUUAACCUAAUUCAAUUCCUUAUUAACAUAUAUAGAAACUAAAAUGCAACAAGUGCUACUUGGGUAUAAAGUCCAUAUCUGCUGGUGCUCUUUGUAAAAGGUUUAAUCUAUGUCAUGAAAAAAUAUGUAUCCAAGGCACUCAGACUUAAGUAUACAUUUUAAAAAAGCCUUUAUUAAACCAUGGCCAGAAUAAUUAAAAACCACAAACUGACGGGUCAUGCUACAAAAUGGUUCGAGGUUUUUAAUUAGUUUGGCCAUGGUUUAAUAAAGGAUUUUUUACAUUUUAUACUUAAGUCUGAGUGCCUUGGAUACAUCCCUUUUUUCAUGAGAUAGUUUCCUUAUUAAUUUGAAUAACCUAUUUAAUUUCAGGCUCAUGACUGAUUGAAAUGUUAUUUGGUUGUUAAGUGUUAACCGUAAUGCAUGGAUGACUGAGCGGUAAAGAAAUGGAUGUAUGAAAAGGAUGUAAAUAUGUUUAUAUAUUAGCGGCGGGGAAAAUCAUGUAUAUUUUAUUUCUUCUUAUUUUUUUACCAUUUUAAUUGUACUGUUGUCAAAUAUUAAUUUUCUUUUCCAGCCCUCAAUUUUAUAAAAUAUCUUCUUUCUUUUUUUUUUUUUUUGUAUUGUAUGCGCACACAUUCAUUGGUAAUAACUUGUCACGCACACACACACUGUCUGCCAUGACCACUGUGAGUGAAGCAGGAAGCUCUGGAUUUUGUAUAAAUGUACAUUUACUGUAACCCUGUGAAUGAUGUUACAGUUGAAUCAUUUGUAGUAUUGCUAUUGGCUUAUUUUGAAAGAAAGUUUGUGGCCCGUUAUGUUUUUCUUCAAUAAAAAAUCAGCAAGGGU